GCCGCGGGCAGCGUCGCGCAGGCGCGGGGGCGCAGCAAUCGCGCAGCGGCGGCUGCGGCGGCAGGAGGCGGCGGGGUGGCCAUGGCGGCGGGCGAGGGGCUGGUGUCGGUGGACUACGAGGUGUUCGGCAAAGUGCAGGGCGUUUUCUUCCGCAAGUACACCCAGGCUGAGGGUAAGCGACUAGGAGUGGUUGGUUGGGUCAAAAAUACUAGCCACGGCACUGUGCAAGGACAACUUCAGGGUCCAAUGGCCAACGUACGGGAACUCCAGGAAUGGCUCAGAAAGACGGGAAGCCCCCAGUCCCACAUCAGCCGAGCGGAGUUCCGCAAUGAGAAGAAGAUUGAGGCGCUGGAGCACAAGGACUUUACGAUUUUGAAGUAGCUUUGUCCAGAGAACACCAACAUUUGAAGCCUGAGCCACCCUCACAGAGUAGUCUCCUCUUCUCCAUUUGUUGUCAGCUAAUAUUCAGCUAACAGAGAACUUUAUUUUAUUACUGUUCUAAUUUAUUGGCUUGUUUUGCAGUUUGCCUAACUUUCAAGCAUUCAUAAUAUUCUGACAGGUAGGUUGAAGAGUUGUAUUAUCUUUAUUGAAGGGGCUGAUUAGAAGCACAGCCUCUUACUUCUGAAUAUGUGCAGAAUGAGUUUGAAUAGUACAUGGGUAAAAUAAUUUGUAUAGUGUUCUGCUACUUCAAGGAAGUUGUAGAAGUGAUACUAAAUAUUGCUAAAUGGAUAAUUUACAUUAUUUUUUUGUGAUCUAAAUGUCUCAGAAACUAUUUAUUUUGUUCUCUCCCUGGUAAGAAAUUUAUUUAUUUUUUCUUUUGAAUAAAAUUGCUUGGAACUUG